AUGAGCUCCGGAAAAGUUAUCUCGAACAUCUUAGGUCAACUGAAGCAAAGUGGUAGGAUUGUAGGCUCGUUUCCGGCCGAGAUCAAUGCAAAUGGAACUACUAAAUUGGAGCAUGGGCUACAUUUAACAAAUAGGAUUCUGGAGCUGAAAUCCUUCAAUCCCUCUUUAACCAAGAAUGACUUUGUAGGGCUCUUACCGCAAUCGAGAUUUUCUGCACCCAGUAUAGCAGAAUCUACCUUGCAAUUCGAGGCUUUCAAAGUACGAGAUCCUCGAUAUUUCCAGUUCAAAGACAAAUACCAAUUGAUAUUCGCAGACUACAAAAGUAUGCGUGGAUUCGCACAACACACUGCUUUUAGCCGCCUAGAUGGUAGUCGAAUUCAUUUGAGGCCUUGUAAGUCUCACUCCCCCGAGGCCAGGUAUAGUAAAUACGUGACCAACCUUCAAGCGGCCUUCGACUCCGGCAACAGCUACUUUCAGCUUAUAAAAAAUAAGUCUGAGCCAAAAUUAAAUGAAGGCAUAACGAUGGAAAGCCUGCGACAAACAGCAAAACCUAUCGAGGCUCAGUCCUUAUUGGUCUGGAAUUUCCCCUCUAAUUUAGCGCCUUAUCAGGUAAUGGACAGGUUUUGGUUUUACGAUAUAAAACAUUGUUUUAAACUUUAUUGGGACGAGGCCACAAGUCGAACCCUUACAUUCAUGGCGUUCAAUAACAAAGAAGAUUGCGUCAGGUUUUAUCGCAAUUUUCACGGUGUAUAUCUUCGCGAGGGUGAUGACUGUAAACUUUUAGUUGAAUUGCUAUGCUAA